AUGGCUGACUCUUACUGUUCGGACUGCAAGAAGAACACGGAGGUGGUGUUCGACCACGCCGCCGGGGACACUGUCUGCUCCGAGUGCGGGCUCGUGCUUGAAUCCCGCUCCAUCGACGAGACAUCUGAGUGGCGUACGUUUGCUGAUGAUUCUGGUGAUCACGACCCGAACCGUGUUGGAGGACCCGUUAACCCCUUGCUCGGCGAUCUUGGCCUCUCCACCGUUAUUUCCAAGGGUCCGAAUUCUAAUGGCGACGCUUCUGUCGCCCGCUUGCAGAAUCGGGGCGGCAAGCAGCAGCUUCCUCAGGUGUCUAGCCCCCUCACAAGGGUUUUUGGUGCACAGCUACUGGCUAAUGCAGCAGCUGACAAGAACAAGGUUGGUGGCUAUAAUUUCCCUAUGCAAUAG